AUGCGGUUUGAAGUUAAGAUCUUAAUGAUAAUAAUAAUAAUUUCUAAGCAAAAGUCAAACUAUUUUGACGAUAAUUUUCAAAAGUUGUCACAUAUAGGGAGGGGUGGGUUCGGAGAGGUAUAUCACGUGAAGCAUAUGAUUGAAGGGGAAGAAUAUGCAGUAAAAAUUGUCAAGUACCUAGACAUCUAUAAUGACCGCAAACGACAGGAAAUCCUAAAAGAGGUCCAAAAUUUAGUAAAACUUCGCUCAGAAUAUGUCGUCAAUUAUCGCAACUCAUGGCGUGAAGACAAUCAUCUGUACAUUCAAAUGGAUUAUUACGAACAAAAUCUACAGACAAUUAUCGAUAAUAAGCACAUUGUGUUUGGGAGACAACCGGAAGAACCGAUGAAAAUAUACGAGUAUUUCAUUUCUUGUGAAAUAUUUAAAGAACUGUUAGAAAGUGUUAAGUAUUUACACGACUCGUGUCCACCGGUUAUCCAUCGGGAUCUCAAACCGUCAAAUGUUUUGAUUUCACAAAAUAAUAGUCGGUUUUUAAAACUUUGUGACUUCGGUUCCGCCACUCUCCAUACCAUGUCAUCCAUGAGUCACACCUCUAAUAUUGGUUCUGCACAGUAUAUGGCACUCGAGCUAAAUCAAUCCCGAUAUACCAUUAUGGUUGACAUCUAUAGCCUGGGAGUGAUUGCAUUACAUUUGUUUGAUUUAUUUAAUAUAUUAACUAAUGAUAAUCCAAUGGAAAUCUAUAAUUCAACCAUAUUUUCAGCCAAUUUUAAAAAAUUAUUUGAAAUCAUUGGCCAAAUGUCUCAUUCAGUUGUAAUCAAUCGACCGACCAGUGGUCGAGUACUCGAUGACUACAACCUGUGGUCAUCAUCGAAUCGUCUCAGGAGUGAAACGAAUGGAUACGAAGGAGAAACUAAUGGUUGUGCCGACGAUGUGGUCAAACCUCAAACCAAUAAACCUCAAUUAUUAACUGUUACUACGAUGUCCGGCAAAGUGAUGUUGAGUCCAGUUAUUACUCCCGACAAAUUCAUUGAAGUGGCAGAUUUGCAUAUCGACUUGCGCAUAGCUAUAAGACAAGUGGACAGCAAUGGAGUAAAAAGUUAUGUUCAGCUCAAGAAUUCUGAGUCAACCGAUGGGAAGACAUUUGUGGCCCUCUUUGAUGACAAUGACAUUGAUUUCGAGAUUGAGGUCUACAACCGAUCGGGCGUUAAAAAUAUGGCCUUAUAUUUAACUUAUGGCAAGAAAUACGGGUACGUUAUCACUAAAAGAGAACGUAAUGUAUUGACAGCACUGGAAGAAUGUGGACAUCACUUGCGUUUUCUGAGCCCAAACUUAGCGAUGGCUCAACUGGUGAUCGAUUUGGUGUCCAAAGAAGGUGUGGACCGAAAGAGAGCUGAAAUGGGAUUCGGUCGCAGAGGUGUUGUCGGGUUCAGCUAUAAGACUGACGAACACUUCAAAUCGUAUAGCGGUUUCGAAGUCGACGACAACUAUUAUAUCGAACCGUUUACCAUUGAAUUCAGACUUAAAAACGUAGCCCCGGCGCCACUUAGAAGUCAGGCGAAUUUUGACAAACGCGGCGCCGACACCACCGCUCAAGACAGUCGCCUCUCCGCCCUUUCCAUCCUUACGCGAGUCGAUCACAGCUACGGCCGAAAUAAUUGCUUUAUUUAG